AUCAUGGGAAGCCAUAGGAGAUUAUCUGAGACUUCUGCGCCGGAGCUGCGGUCAAAACUCAGAAGAGUCGUCUCAGGCCACGAGCAAAUGAAGAUCGCGUUCCACCAGCUCAAAUCUCAGAUCCGAAUCGGUCUCUUCCAAGCGGAAGAGGUCUUCGCCUCUCUCGCAAUUCCAUUGAUGAAGCUUGUAGGUCUCAAGACGGUGGAGAUGGCGAACGAGGACCGAUUCACGACCAUCAUCAUCCCAGCAAACACCGAUUCUCAUCGCCAGAGUUUCGGAUCUGGAUCGUCGGAUCGGAACCGUCUCUCUGUGAAAGAAGAGAUCUGCGCUGCCAAGGCCGCCAUGGCAGGCAAGCUCGUAAUGGAGAAGCAAAAAGAUCAGCUGAUUCAGCUGAUCCGGAUUCUCAAACGAAUCGAGACUCAAGUCAACGCUCGCCAGAGCCACAUGGUCCAAACCCUAACUCACCGUCGACUUUACCUCCACAAGUUCUUCCACAGAGCGAUCGAUUAUCUAUCCACCGUUGACCGCGUUGACCACCAGACCUUUCGAAUUUCAGUAUUGAAGCUCCUCCGAGCAGCGUUUCACGAAGUGGGUGCGGUGCUGGGCUCGGUGGAGAGCGAUGUGGAGGAGCUUUUGCAGGAUUUGGGCGCGCAGAUGUGUGAUCCCAUGGUAGAGUACGUGGAGGGUGUUAAGGCUGAUUUGAGUGAUGGGGGUUGUGUGAGGUUAGUGGGCUUGGUGAAGGAGAUGCUGGCAGCGAGAGAGGUGAGGGUUGAGUUGGAGGCGGCGAGGAACAAGGCCUCGGUUGCAGAAGCGAGCAAAUUUGAGGCUUUGAGUAGGCUCCGUGAAGCAGAGGACAAUGUGAGCAAAUUGAAGGAGUGUCUCAAGUUGCUGCCUGAGCCCAAUAAGGCUUCUUCUGCCAAAGUAACCAAGGCUUUUGCUCCACACAAGUUUCUAGGCAUGGAGAAAGAACAAGCAAACGAUGAGAAGCUGUUGUGGGCGCUGUUGGAAAAGAAAAGGAAGUAUCAAACACCAGAGAGCCCACCUGGACCCAGCAAGCUUCUUCCCCUUCCAUCAAUUUAUAAGCGCCAAAGAUCAACCAGGGCAAAGCCAACAGCAGUAACUAGGACUUAUUCACCGCGUGCAAGAACCACUCCACGUUUGGAUGCUCGGAUACAAUUGGGCUCAUCUCCUUCGGCGACAAUUCAGAAAGCUGCUCCACCCAAGCAAAUCUCUCCCAAAAUGCAUGCUUAACAAGGUGUGGAUGUUUGCUGUUUAUUUCUCAGUUUCAAUGAGUAGGAUUUGGACUUUUACCAAAAAAAUUGAGUAGGAUUUGGACUUGCCCAAUGAGCAUGCAUAAACCAUUUUCUCUGUUUUAUGUUUGUGUGCUGUUUUUGUCCUUUUCAGAACUUUUAAUAGGGUCAGGUCAGGCCAGGAGAAUAGGAGACAGACAGAAAAGUAGACAAACUUUGGUGGGUUUAGAGAGAUUGGGAUUAAGAUAAUAUCUUGGACCUGAAAAGUUUUAUUCCAAAAAAUGUAUAGUUUUAUAUUAA